AUUCAGGCUUUUCCCUUUGUGGACAUGGAAGUGGGAAAUCGCACCAUCCUGACUGAAUUCAUCUUGGUGGGCAUCUCAGCAGAUCCCCGGUGGCAGCUGAUUCUGUUUGUAACAUUUCUGAUGCUCUAUUUGCUAACCAUGGCAGGGAAUAUGACCCUGGUCAUCUUAAUCAAGAUUGAUGCCCAGCAUAUGUACCAUUUGCUUGGCAAUCUGUCUUUUUUGGAUUUCUGGUACACCUCUGUAUAUACCCCUAAAAUCUUGGCUAACUGUUUCUCAGAAGAUAGACGAAUUUCCUUGGCUGGAUGUGGGGCUCAGUUUUUCUUUUCUUGUGUAGCAGUCUAUACCGAGAGCUAUCUCCUCGCAUCUAUGGCAUAUGACCGCUAUGUGGCAAUCUGUCACCCAUUGCUUUAUUCAGGCACCAUGUCUUCUUCUGUUUGUAAUCGGCUUGUUGCUGGAUCCUACAUAGGAGGCUUUCUGAAUGCCAUAGCCCACACUGCUAACACCUUCCGCCUGAGUUUCUGUGGUAACAAUGUCAUCGACCACUUUUUAUGUGAUGUUCUACCAUUGGUAAAAAUGUCCUGCACAGACACUCGGGUCUAUGUCAUAAUCCUUUCCAGUAUGGUUGGCUUUGCGUUUCUCUCCUGCCUUCUGGCCAUCCUCAUCUCCUAUGCCCACAUCCUCCUGGCCAUCCUGAAGAUGCACUCAGCCUCAGGUAGGCACAAGGCAUUCUCCACCUGUGCUUCCCACCUGGUCUCCGUCAUGCUCUUCUAUGGAUCUCUGCUCUUCGUAUACACAAGAACCAGUGCCAGCUACUCCCUGGAGAACGACAAAGUGGCUGCCCUCUUCUACACCAUCAUCAACCCAUUGCUCAACCCUAUCAUCUAUAGCUUCAGAAACAAAGAUGUCAAAGAGGCCUUCAGGAAAGCAAUACUGACAACACAACCACAAGCUUGA